AUGCGCUUCAUUUUGCCGAUUGUGGCCCUGCUUUGCACUAGAGUCCGCGGCUCAUUCGACCCAUGUUUGUCGAUCAAGGGAAUCGGUUCGAGUAGCUACAAUUUGUUCACCUCGCCGAAUUUUCCCGAAAAAUACCCUCCAAACAUCGACUGUGUUCGCGUUGUACAGUCACGACCUCAGCAUGAUGUCAUAGUCAAAUUUCAUCACAUUUUCCAUAUCGAAUCGACAUACGACAAAGUUGAAGCCGGCGAAGAUUGCCCCAAUGAUUUUAUAGAGUUUCGUGAUGGCCGCUACGGGUUUUCGCCACUCAUCGCUCGCUUCUGCGGCAGCCGAAUUCCAAAACGGGAAAUUCGAGCUGUUUCGGGAUUCCUUUGGAUUCGCUUCCGUUCAGACGCGAUGCUUGAAUAUCAAGGAUUCUCCGCUGAGUUUGCGAUUGUGCCGAGCAAAAAUUCGCGAUACAAUAACCAUGAAUGCCUUUUGGAGUAUUUGAACGGUCUUGACGGUUUUAUUCGCACACAGGAUCUCAUUCAGACGCUUCCAAUAAAUGCUUCUGGAACCCUUGAUUGUGUCUGGCGGCUCGCAGUUCCAGCAAAUUUCCGCAUAGCUUUUUAUAUUAAAGAUUUUAACUUGAAAUCUCCAAAUCAAUGCGUUCAAAAUUUCAUUGAAGUGUAUUCUGGAGACACGUCGAAUAAACCGCUUCGAAGAUUUUGCGGUUUGACUGCCACCGACGUAUUCGCCCCAGCAAACGAAAUGUUCAUUCGCUUUUACCUUUCGGACGUGCGAAAUCUCAACGAAACAAACUUUUCAGCGCUUUUCUCCUCAUACACAAAAAUGAAAAAUUGCUCUCAAGAAGGAUUGUUCGCAUGCGGUGACGAAAAUUGCGUACCAUCGUCGUUGGCGUGCAAUGGGCGCGUAAAUUGUCCAUAUGGUCGAGAUGAAAGGGUCUGCAUAGCAGGCCAAGACACGCUGAUACAUUUCAUUACAAGUGGAUUUGCACCGCUCAUUCUCCUAAUCCUCAUCGUGUUUGUCGCGGUGGCCCUUAUUUGCUUCUACACAAUUCGUCGCAAUAAUUGCGGUAAAAAGAUUAUCUGA